AUGAUGAUCCGGCGCCGCAUGGACUGGGAAGACUACUACACGCUCCUGGAAGACGCGAUCAUUCGCGCCGCGAUGCUUCAAAGGUUCGCAGACACUACACAUGUCAUAGUUUGGCCCUCGCUAACAGGUCAACAGCUAGGAUCACGACAGUCAUCUCCUCCACUCACGACCGAUCCAGACUGCACCUUGUAUGACGGAUAUUUCUAUGUCACUGCCCGAAACUAUACUUGGCAGCUGCAGUGCUCCAACACCUACGAUGGCGUUAUCCUCGCUCAAACUACUGACACGACUGACUUGGGCUCCUGUAUCCAAGAGUGUGUCAAUUACAAUCGCCAGAAUACCCCGGGGGCUUGCUUAGCAGUCACCUUCAAUGGUGCUUUUGCCACUGCGGAUACUGUCUGCACCCAGUUCAGCGAUGUUAUAUCGGUUGGAAUCGCGUCUGAAGAAGGAGCCAGAACCAGACCCAUCAUUCUCUGGAGCGCCCACCGGGCAGCCCACCGCAGACCCGUUACCUUCCUCGACCACAGCAAGUUCAACUGGAAUCACCACGACAAGCACACUGAUAUUGACAACGAAUUCUCGACCUGCGAGCACAUCAUAUGCGAUUUUCACCACCACGACCACUUCUACUAG